CUGGAGUAUAUAAGCCGUAGUCCAGGGUAUAUCGGAAGUCAAUGGUCAGCCUCCUCGUCGACAUGAACUCUCUGGUCGUAGUCCUCUCUCUGGUGGUUGCUGCGGUGUCUGCCCAGUACCACGGUGCCGCUCCCAGCUACCAGGGUGCCGCCCCAAGCUACCAAGGUGCCGCUCCCAGCUACCAAGGCGCCGCACCCGCCCCUAGCCAUGGACAGGGUGGCUACGGGAAGGACCAAGGAGGUGCCACCUCCUUCCAGAGUUUCCGUCUUGAAGUCGGCCAGCAGGAUUACAAGAAUCCCUCUCACGGUGGACAGCCUUCCUACAGCAAACCAUCCUACUCUGCGGAGCCUUCCUACAAUAAGCCUUCUUACCAGGCUGCUCCAGCGUACAAGCCGUCCUACAGUUCCAGCCCUGCAUAUAGCUCAGAGCCCUCCUACAGCUCUGGUCCUUCCUACAAGCCUAGUUACUAGUGUUUACCUCGUAUUUCAUUCACUGUUACCAUCAUCUUCAUUCUGUAGUUUAAAAUAAACCCUUUCAUACAUUUUCUA